AUGCUGAGCGAGCGCUCCCUGGGGGCUAAUACUCGCGCGGUUCGUGAAUUGGCGGCGUAUUAUCAUCCAGACCAGAUUUCCCAUGGAUCAUACGAGUCGAAUCAACAAACAACACUCUUCUCGCAGAGCCAUAUGACUCCCCCAACAACCCCGAAUGGCUCCCAGGAGGAUCUUUCUCCAGAGCACAUCGCGCCACCAAUUUUCCACAACUUCUUGAGAGCUUUUUACCCAUUUCACCCAAGCUAUGCGAUAUCUGACUCAAGUGUGACGCUACCGUUAGAGGAAGGAGACGUUGUCCUGGUACAUUCAGUUCAUACCAACGGGUGGGCGGAUGGAACAUUAUUGGCGUCCGGCGCCAGAGGUUGGCUGCCGACUAAUUACUGUGAAGCCUACGAGCCAGAAGACAUGCGAAGCUUGCUCAAGGCCCUUUUAAACUUCUGGGACUUGCUUCGAAGCACCUCGGUCAAUGACAGCGAAAUUUUUCGAAAUCAGGAAUUCAUGAAGGGUAUUAUUGCUGGCGUUCGAUACCUUCUGGAACGAACUGGUUGCCUCAAUAGAGAGUCAAGCAUUGUACAACGCAGCGAUGCUUUGCGCAAGGGUCGCAAAUCAUUGCUUUCUGAGUUGUCUUCGCUCGUGAAAACUGGUAAAAGAUUACAAGAAAGCCAAAGUGGUACUCUGUACCCACCCGAGGAUGCUAACGACAUCAUUGAUGAAAUGAUUCUUCGAGCUUUCAAGAUUGUCACAAAGGGGGUCCGGUUCCUCGACGCGUUGGAAGAUGAUCGGCAGGCCCGUGCUCCCGCAUCAGUUACAGUCAUGGCAACAGUUGCUGAAGAAUCCUUCAUACCCCCGACACCGCCCGCAGACCGAAGCACGUUCGAUGAUUCAAGAACAGACAAUGCAUCCAGCGAAGCAGGCUCACGGGCCACUGCAACUGACGACGUGGGGACCAGUGUUGCGAGUGUCGCAGCUUCAGAAACAAGUGAGGGUGUUCGGAACUCGCUGGGACCGUGGAAUAAGCGCCUGUCAUCUCUUAUUGCUCCAACAAACCCUGGUCCCUUGACAAGCUCUGGCCAGAACAGGAAUUCUCAAAGUAGCCUACAGAACCAUCGCCUUUCUGCUGGAAUGGCUCACAGGGUCUCACUGGCCGGGCCUUCUCCAUUAUCGAGACCUCAACACCUAGUAUCUGAGCGCCUGAACCGCAGCCAUGAUAAAUUUCUUUCUCAUCUCGGUUCGUUUAUCGGAAGGUUACAUCUGCAGUCGCAAUCACGACCAGAGUUGUCGUCGGCCAUUAAGCAGUCUGCUACCUCUGGUGGAGAGUUACUUGCUGUGAUGGAUAGCGUAUGUGCUUAUAACAGCUCUAGCGUGGCCUCAUUGAGCAAAGUACGCCUGGCCAUGUUCGAACGUAUUCAAGUUCUUGUUCUUUCCGCCCGGGAUACAUUGGCCAAUGCCGCGACAGAGGGUGCAGACUUGAUCAUGCCCCAGGACAAUGGGAUCUUGCUCUUGGCUGCUACUGGUUGCGUCAGAGCAGCGGGAGAGUGUGUUGCUAAAACUAAGGCGGCCAUUGAAAGAGUCGGAGAUUUCGAGUUUGAACUAGAGGGCUUUACUCUGGGUAUUGAUUUGAGCAUCCUGGACAUUGCUGAAGAGCGGGCUAGAACACCAUCCGUCGCAGAACGAUCGGACGUGGUCAGCAGCGCUGCUGAAUCUUUUCAAACCUGCGAAUCAUCCAUCACGGCGGCACGCCGUCCCACGGUUGCUACCCCUGGAACCGACAAACCGCUCCCAAGAGUACCUCGCAUCAGUAUCCCCGAUACUGGCUCUCGGCAAGGUAGCUCUCCGGUGUCUUCUCGACCCUCUUCAAUACAUGACGACAAUGCCUCUAGUGUAGCUUCGUCGGUCUCGUCGAUUCGCCCAGUGCUGCCGGCCUUACCCAAACCAUCCAAUCUUUGUGAACAGGCCCAGCCAGCCAUGGAUGCGUCGACAAUGGAACAAGAGCAACACGCAUCUCGUUUUGACAGCUUAGCAGCUUCAAGUGCUGGAAGUAGCGGCACAUACCUGAGCAGAGAUUCGGAGGCGAGCGUAGUAUCCCAGACUUCGACUCGUGCGACAACCCCGGAUCACGCGUUAGUACCUCGCAGCCAGCCAUCCAUGUCCGAUAUGAGUGCGACAGGUAGCUUCUCGCAAACAGAUGACCAAGAUGAUGUGGAAACUAGGCUUCUGGAGAAGACUUUUGCUCAUGAGCUCAUGUUUAACAAGGAAGGUCAGGUUACUGGCGGAUCGCUCCCUGCCCUCGUUGAACGUUUGACAACUCAUGAGUCGACACCAGACGCCACUUUUGUGUCCACAUUUUACCUCACAUUCCGCUUAUUUUGCACGCCGAUUAAGCUUACCGAAGCUUUAAUGGAACGAUUUGAUUACGUCGGCGAGUUUCCGCAUAUGGCUGGACCGGUUAGGCUGCGAGUUUACAACGCCUUCAAAGGGUGGCUGGAGUCGCACUGGAGAGAUCAGAGCGAUCGAGAUGCUUUGAAACUCAUCAUUCCUUUUGCCGAGUUGAAGCUCACCUCGGUUCUUCCGUCUGCUGGGAGGCGGUUACUGGAACUAGCUAAGAGGGUCUCUGGGGAUGGCUCUCUUGUUCCAAGGCUGGUGUCCUCAAUGGGCAAAACAAACACAUCUAUUGCACAAUACGUGCCCGCAGAUACUCCCUUGCCACAGCCUGCCAUCUCCAAGAGCCAGCAGAAUUUGCUCACGUCUUUCAGAACCGGAGGCAACGGGCCCACACUUGUUGAACUCGACCCUCUUGAAGUUGCAAGACAGUUGACCAUCAAGCAAAUGGGCAUCUUUUGCUCGAUUUUGCCAGAAGAGUUGCUGUCUUCGCAAUGGAUGAAGAAAGGCGGGGUUGAUGCCCCGAACGUCAAGGCCAUGUCGGCAUUGUCGACAGAUCUCUCUAACCUGGUUGCUGAAACCAUUCUUCAGCAUUCGGAGAUUAAGAAACGCGCCGCUGUGAUAAAACAGUGGAUCAAGAUUGCCCACCAGUGCCUGGAACUGCACAAUUACGACGGCCUCAUGGCGAUUAUUUGCACAUUGAACAGCAGCACAAUUAGCAGACUACGGAAAACGUGGGAUGCCGUGUCCGCCAGGCGAAAGGACAUGUUGCGUCAUCUACAGGACAUUGUCGAGCCUUCACAGAACAAUAAGAUUCUGCGUACUCGGCUUCACGACCAUGUCCCGCCAUGCCUUCCUUUUCUUGGCAUGUACCUGACCGACUUGACCUUUGUUGAUAUUGGCAAUCCAGCCACCAAACAAAUGUGUCAUGGCACGGACGGUGAUGAAGAUGGCUCAGGAGGGCUGACUGUUGUCAAUUUCGAUAAACACACGCGUACGGCAAAAAUCAUUGGAGAACUACAGCGUUUCCAGAUUCCGUAUAGACUCAUGGAAGUUCCCGAGAUGCAAGAUUGGAUUACGGCACAGAUCAGACGUGUUCGUGAGGGCGACCAGGGAAAUGUCCAGGUAACCUAUUAUCGGAAGAGCCUUCUGUUAGAACCGCGGGAGAGUGGCCCUCGGCGAGAGGCAGAGCCGCCAACGCCAGUUACCUCUGGGGCAGGGCCUUCCCGAGGAGAUCUUUUUGGGUGGAUGUCCCGAGACCGGGGCCAAACAGCAACUUUGGCUUAA